ACACCAAAAAUGCCGUCAAGAAGCUCUGGCAAUCCUCCAUGCGCAGCGUGCAAGUGCCAACGCCGAAAGUGCACUCCGGAAUGCGUGUUCGCACCGUAUUUUCCACCGGACAAUACUCAGAAAUUCAUGAACGUACACAAAGUAUUCGGAGCCAGCAAUGUGUCCAAGAUUCUCCAAGCUCUCGACGCCCGCCAUCGCCAAAACGCAGUGAAUUCCUUAGCCUACGAGGCAGAGAGUCGUCUCCAAGACCCUGUCUACGGCUGCGUCGGCUUCAUCUCCGAGCUGCAAAGAAAUCUAAAGAUAGUGACUCAGGCUGUGGAAAGCGCCAAGAUGGAAUUAGCCACUUAUGUCGGACCCUCCGCCAUGUUCCCGGACCUCAUUCAACAACAACAGCACCAGCAGCAGUAUAAUUAUGGGCAAUCAGCUUACCCUGCAAUGAAUACAGUCCCCAUGGCUACUCCACAGAGUGGUCAGGGACAGUACAUUCAGGAUCCACAGCAGCAGUAUCUGGAGGCGCAACAAUCAGCUGCCAUGGCCGCCGCCGCAGCCAGAGAGCAAGAAAUGUUCAACGCAUACAUCCAGCAGCAGAAUGAUCUGAUGAGAUACAACAGUGGAUUCAUCGAUGACAGGUCUAGUGCAGUUACCGUAGCUGAUUUCAAUCAGAUGCCAACUGCAACUGCAGUCGAUGCUAUGCCGCAACCUUCUUUGCAAUUAGGUUCUGCCAUGGAAGCUCACCCGUACCAUCAAUUCCAGCAUUCAAAUCUCCAGGAGAGUACAGAUUCCAAUUCCUAUUCCCUUUUCCAUUCUCAAUCUCAACCUCAAUCUUUUUCCCAGUUCCAGAUUCAGCAACAAGACCUCUUUCUGCAGCAGCUGCAGCAACAACAAUUAGCUCAACUACACGCACAGCAGCAACUAUCGAGAGCCAAUAGAGAUGGGCCCGGACCUGGACCCGGACCCGAACCCGGCUUUGAUCAAUCCUGA